UUAAAACACAGGUUAUGUUUUGAUUUUAAAAUUAAAUAUAUAAUUUUUAUUUUAAGUUUCUGAUUAAAGUCCACUCUGAGCAUGUACGAAACAUUAUAAGUUCAUGAUCCCGUGCUCAAUUAGCAAAAAUUAAUUUUAAUGAUUGCCAGAGUGACUUUAAAUAUUUUAAAUGAAAUUAAAUUAUGUCACUCCUUAGGUUCUGGAGCUUUAUGUUUUCUCAAUUUACCUGCAAAAUCCCAGCUUUUCAGUGACAUAGAUAAAAAGUCCAUACGUUUCAAGUCAUCCACUCAAAAUAAGUAUCAAAACAUGAGCUCAAUCUCGAGUUCAUCAUCAGUAUUUCAGGGAUGUGGAGACAGGUUCGAUGGUAUCACUGUAUCUUCUGAUAAAGAGCCAUGUGAAACAUCUGAGUUCAUAAAAAAACUAUCAACAUCAUUGGACACGUGGAGAUCUCAGAAAAAAAGAGGCAUUUGGUUUAAGGUGCAUUUGAACCAAAGUGAGUGGGUGCCUCUGUUAAUAAAGAAUGGAUUUAAGUAUCACCAUGCUAAACAAGAUUAUGUGAUGUUAUACAUGUGGCUGCCAACAGAUGAAAGUGACAAUGUACCUCAUUACGCACAUACAUUGUUGGGUGUAGGUGCCGUGGUAGUAAAUGAAAAAAAUCAGGUUCUCGUAAUAAAAGAAAAAUAUUUUUACAGAGUCCCUAUGUGGAAAUUACCAGGAGGAUAUGUCGAACCGGGAGAGAAUAUCGUAGAUGCAGCUAUUCGAGAGGUAAUGGAGGAAACGGGAAUAAGCACAGAGUUUCAGUCGAUAUUGUCACUUAGGCAGGGUCACGGUGGAAUGUUCGGUUGCUCCGAUAUUUAUGUUGUCGUUAAUUUGAAAGCUCUUAGCAGUAAGAUAGAGAAGUGCGAGCGGGAGGUUACUGACUGCCAGUGGAUGAAUAUUGAGGAAUACUUGAGUCAUCCUCAUGUUCAUGAACUCAACAGAUUUUUCGUGACAAAACUUCUACACCAUAGAAAGCACAAUUUAAAAAUUGACUGCCAUCACGGUAUCCACCAAAUAUUAAACAAACCAUAUACAGUGUGUUCAGUUGUGAAACAGGAUGAUUUAGAGGAUUUAGCAGAAAUUCCCUUUAGCUCAUUUUCAGGCAAAAGUUACGCCGAUAAGAAAUAAAUAACCAACAAUAUACAUUUUAUCUUUGUUACGUUUUAAAUAAUAUAUUUUAUUUUACAAA